GGUCAGUGCUGUAAAAUGGGACGUUUUCAUGAAAUGCUAUAAAUUUCCAUCAAAUUUCACAGCGUUCUUUUUCAAUUUACUUGAUCAAUUCGAUUAAUUAUCAAAAUGAUGCUAACAAUACACGGGCUUCCCGUGAUGGUAAAAUAUCAUGAAUUGAAAGCAAUGAUAAAACAAGAAUGCAAUUUAAACGAUUUCAUCUUGGAUAACCUAACGGCAGACGUGGACGGUUACAAGAAGGUUCGCAUUGGCGUCGCAGAUGAAGCCGAAGGAGCACAUUUGUGCAAAUGCUUGAAUGGGUAUCGCAUGGGUGGAAGUGUGUUACGGGUUGUGCCGGUAGGAAAAGCGCCUAAUCAAACUAAUUUUGACCAAAGAGGUGGAUUUAUGCAUAGAAAUGAUAUUAUGCCAAAUCAGCAAGGAAACUAUGGAAACCAGCCUGGUAAUUUUGGUAAUCAGUUUAACAACCAGCCACAGGCUCAAAACCCCUGGAAUACUGGACCGCAAAAUAACCAAUGGAGUGGUAAUCAACCAGCUCAAAACCAAAUGCUUCAAAGCAAUUUUGACUAUCAACAAAGACCGGGUCACCAAUUUUCGGGACAGCAAUCAUCACCUAUGGGCCAUGGUACUGGUAACAAACCUUUUGGGCAGUCUGGACCAGCAUUCAACCAGAAUAGAUCAGGUCCAUCAGACCAAGGAUUUGGCUUUAUUCAAAAGCCCAACGUACAGCAAACAGUACCGCAAAUUCGCUCUGACCGUUCCCAUGUGCUACGUAGUGUGGAUAUAGUCCAGAGCCCUGUGCAAUCUAACAGAUAUGAGCAAAAAUAUGAUCAAAACAAACCAGGACCGAGCCAAUUUAAUACACCGCAGCAGGGAUAUCCUCAAGGGUCUAUACAACCUGUGCCAUGGAGCAAACUGCAGCAGAAGUCGCCGUUUGGAAAAUCGGACGUUCCACCGUUCGAAGGCGACCAACGUCAGAUGCCCAAGGAUUUCGAUAAAAGUUCUGUGUCUCACGGUUCACAUGAUCGUAGACUUUCACCGCAAGAUCGAAGAUUGCCACUGCACAGUACUGGAGGACUGCUGAGGCCCCCAGAUCGUAGAGUCUCACCUGGACGAAGAAUCUCGCCUGGAAGAGGAAUUUCACCUCCUGGAAGAAGGAUGUCUCCGGGGCGAAGGAUGUCACCGAGUGACAGACGUGCUCCCAUACGUAAGUCUCCAACCAGAAGCUCUCCGCUCAAGAGGACUUCCCCGGGACGCCGACUGCCUUCCCCUGGGAGAGACAAUUUAAGGUACUCUCCUAGCCGUCGGCACGACAAGCCUGAUUUCGGUGGAUCCAAAACAAUUCGACCCGCUUACGAAACUGAAGCUAAGGCACCGAAUCAAGCUAUGUACUCAGAUGGUUACCGUCCGAACGUACACGACAACGUGACAUACCCGUCACGUCAAAAUGACCAGAGAAGUGCUUCCUGGCAAGACAGGGAUAAGAAUACGUUUCUGGGAGCCAAGAAACAGGACGACGAUAGAAGAAUGGUUAGAGGAACCGAACCAGAAGCAAAACAUUCUCCGAUUCAUAAGUCUAGAUCGCCGAACCGCAGAGAUGUAAGGGAGAGAUCGCCUCUCAGGGACCGUUACCGAAGGCAUUCACCGUCGCCCCGAUCGCCGCGUCGAUCCUGGGCUUUAGAGAAACGACGCAGUCCUGAAAUAAGUGAAGCUCCUCCUCCUCCUGUUUGGCCAGGACAAUCCCAAGAAGGUCCCUAUCCAAGAACAACUGGUAAAGCAGAUGGCACCAAACAUAUUCCCGUUUGGGACCAUAGAACAUAUGAAGAAACAGAAGCUGCGUUGAGACGCGAGAAUCGUCCGUACGAUGAAGAACAAAUGCGAAUUAGACGAGACGGGGGACGCAGAGACGAGAUUCCACCCUCGAAUCGAAGAGAGCCUUCUCCUAGACGACACGACUUUAAGCCGCAAGAAGAAAGGAACAGGGACCCAAAAUUUGAACCUCGCGACCCUAAAUUUGCACCCCGUGAUCCUAAGUUUGAUCAUCGUGAUCCCAAGUUCGAAAUGCGGGAACCGCAAGUUACCAGAUUUGAUCAACGUGAUCCUAAAUUCGAAGGACGUGGUCCUGAAUUUAGACCACGCGAUCCUAAGUUUGAAGAACGUGACCCCAAAUUUCAACCACAUGAGCCUAGAUUUGAACCACGCGAUCCUAAAUUUGAAAGCCGUGCACCUCAUUUCGAACCUAGUGAACAACGAAACUCGAGAGACCCGAAGUUAGAUUCACGUGAACCGAGAUUUGAACACAGAGAUUCAAAGUUUGAUAUGCGCCAUCCAAAAUAUGACUCGCAAGAUUCUAAGUUUGAAACACGUGAUCCAAAAUUUGGACCACGUGACCCUAAUUACGGACCACGGGACGCUAAGUUUGAACCACGCGAUCCUAAGUUUGAACCACGCGAUCCUAAGUUUGAACCACGCGACCCGAAGUUUGAACCACGCAACCCGAAGUUUGAACCACGCGAUCCGAAGUUUGAACCACGCGAUCCCAAGUUUGAACCACGCGACCCGAAGUUUGGACCACGCGACCCGAAGUUUGGACCACGUGAACCGAAGUUUGAACCACGUGGUCCGAAGUUUGAACCACGCGACCCGAAGUUUGAACCACGUGGUCCGAAGUUUGAACCACGUGACCCGAAGUUUGAACCACGCGAACCGAAGUUUGAACCACGUGACCCGAAGUUUGGACCACGCGACCCGAAAUUUGAACCACGCGAUCCGAAGUUUGAACCACGUGACCCGAAGUUUGAACCACGUGACCCGAAGUUUGAACCACGCGACCCAAAGUUUGAACCACGCGACCCGAAGUUUGAACCACGUGGCCCGAAGUUUGAACCACGCGACCCGAAGUUUGAACCACGCGACCCGAAGUUUGAACCACGUGAUCCGAAGUUUGAACCACGUGAUCCGAAGUUUGAACCACGGGGCCCGAAGUUUGAACCACGCGAUCCGAAGUUUGGACCACGCGAACCGAAGUUUGAACCACGCGACCCCAAGUAUGGAUCACGUGACCCUAAUUACGGACCACGCAGCCCAAAGUUUGAACCUCGCGAUCCUAAAUUUGAACCGCGCAGGAAUGAAUUUGCGGUUGGUUUCGAUAAACCCCAACCGCGUGAUCGCGACUAUGAACCACGCGACCCUAAAUUUAAACCUACAUUUGAACCCCUCGAUCCCGACGAUCGAGAGCACGAGCUAGACUUUGGACGCGAUCCCAAAUACGGAUCUCGGGAUCCGAAAUUUGAUUCUGACUAUAAGGAUCGACGUGCACAUGACAUGCCUGAGAGAAAAUCUUAUGCAGAUAGAGAUGAUUUUAGAGAUAAAAGGCGGGAGCAAAAUCGAGAUGAAAUACACAGACGGGACGAGAGGAAAGAAAUUCGCAAGCCGCGAGAUCCAAUCGACGAGGAGUUCGAAGAUAUCUAUAAGAGAACUCUCGAAUUCAAACAAAAGGUGGAAGAAUUGAAACGCGUAGAAAGAAAUAGGGAAGAUUACCCACGAGACGGGCGUCGCCGCGACGCCGACGAUGAUAGGCAUAAAAAAGAUGAAUCGGACCGUCCGUAUCGCGACGAUUAUCACAAAAUGGACUUAGAACGCCGCCCCCAUGAAGAUCGCCCGCGUUCAAGACACUCUGAUGAGAAACGAGAACCAGAAUGGAAGCCUCGUGAUAUGAUUCCGAGGAAAAUGUUUUUACCAUCGGGAGUUAAAGCAAAGCGCGACAAAGCAGUAGAAGAAAUUGUCAACAAGUUAAUGCAUAAAUAUGGGAACUUUGAGAUGACAGAAGAAAUGAAAAACCGUGUCAACGAGGAAUUGAAAUUGUCUAUAUCGAGGAUCAUGUACGAUAUGUUCGGUAAUGAGGACAUAUCUUUUAUAGAGUUAGUUGUGAAAUUUAACUCUAAACAUGGCCAAAGGGAAGAAGUCAAGAUUUUUGAAGACGUGAUGUCAUGUUUCCCAAAACAUAACAGGAUUUUGAAGAGACCAGCACAGGACACCAACAAAAGUGAAAUUCCUGAGAAGAGUUCUAGGGUUACGGCUAACACUCACGUGGAACAAGGAUCGAAACGUUUCGCUCGUCCGGGAAGAAAGCCGGUCGCUGUAACGAGGAAAACCGUCGCCAGGACAAUUGCAGCAAAACCUAAAUCGGUGGAUGAUCCGAAGAAAAUCGCUCCGCCGUUAUCUGUGAAACCGAACGCUGACGGCUGUUACGAGCUCGACGUGACCACAACUCGGGCGCUCGUCGACGAACUACAGAAGGUCAUGAUAAAGGUUUGGCAAGUUUUACCAGACGAAGCACCAACCGAUGAGGAGACUAUGGUUGUGGAGACCUUACGGAAUGAGGCCAGCGAUGACCUCAGGAAUACAUUGGGACUGAACAUUACAAAGAGGUUGCUGAACAAAUUCAAUCCUUUGAAUGUCAAAGUACAUUUCUCCACCAAACCCGAAAGAAAGUAUUUGCAAUACUUCCUGAAGCGAUACAACUUCGUCGCGUUCAAGCGGAUCCUGAGGGUGACCAACACUUUCGCCGCCCAAGUGAAGACCAUCGCAGACUUCGACGACUUGUGCAGCACCAAAAAUAUAUACUGCGGCGCAGCCAAGAUUACAAUAGCACCAUGCUAUAGAUUUACCCAAUGUCCCAAGAACAUAAAAACCAUAUAUGGCACUCCAGAAGAAGAUAAUAAUGCUUCUAGUAAUACGGAAGGACAGGAGCAUAUGGAAUCUUUUGAUAGUAAAACGGAACCAAAAGACACCAACACUGAAAAAGAAAAACAUCAACCAAAAGAAACCAAAGCUGAAAUAGAGAAUUUGCAAGAAAUUCCUUCUAAUAACACUGACCAAAAGAAAGCCAGCGAAACGAUAAAUAAGAAACUGGAUGAUAACAAAUCAUCUAGCAAAACAGAUACUAUGAAAGCAGAUGAAAAUGCCUCAACAGUUACUAAAACUGGCAAUUCUAAUGUUAAUAGGAAAACUACAGAUGCUAAAAGUAAUAUCCAAGAAACUAAGGUUGCAUCUGAAACUAAAGCAAAGACCGUGGAAAACAAAACACCCAUUAAAUCUAGUCCAAACAAUUCAAAUACUAAUAACACUGCAAACAUCCAAACUCAAAGUACAGUUUUAAAUAAAAAGAACGAAACGAGCAAUACUUCCGCCAAAAUGGCUGAAGAUAAUAAAACUACAGUAAAGAAUACAAACGCUACAAAUAACAAGACUGCCAGUGCUUCUUCCAUAAAACAAAGUAGCAAUAAUACUAAUACUGUUUCAACUACAAAGCCAAAUGAUAAUAAAAAUGAAACUGUUUCAAAAACCCCAAAAGUUGUUAGUGCUACGAAAUCCAUAGAUGUACAAGAUACUAAACCUGCAACGACAGUCAAGACUCCCAAUACAAAAGUGGGUAAUAAUAAUACUACUGCAACUACAGCAAAUGCCAAAAAUAUUAAUAAACCCACUGGCAAACCUGCAAAUGUCACACCUUCAACUAAGACUAAUACUAAAAGUGUUCAACCUUCAACUAAGGCAAAUACUAAAAGUGUUCAACCUUCAACUAAGACUAAUAUUAAAGUUGCGGGCAAAGUUACAGAAACCAAAACUGUCACAAAUACUAAACCAAAUACAAAACAAGUAGUCAAAAAAGCAGACACAUCUAAUGUUAAAAAACAAUCUGACACAAAGAAGACAUCGAAAGGGGAUGAUUUUGAAGAAUUAGAUGACAAUGAGUUGUACCAAUAUCUUAUGUCUGCAGGAAUCGUGUUAGACGAAUGUAGCGGUUCUGAUGACGAAUAGCUUUAAGUUUAAAAUAAAAAUAAAGUUAAGAUGGGAAUAUAUUAUAUCACAAAACUGUUUAUUGAUUUAGAGGAAAAUAAAUGACUAAAUGAU